AUGCCGUUUGCCCAGGGGGAAGGUGAAGGUGGUGGCAAUGCAGGUGCUCCUCCUCAGCGGUUGGAGGCCCCGGGCUGGUUCCCCCCAGCAGGGCCCUUCCAGGCUCUGUCCCCUCACACAUUGGGGCAGGGCAGUGGUGAUGGGGGCACUGCUGGUGCGGCUGGGCCUGGCAGGGUGCCCUGCUAUCAAGGGGACCUGUCUGGGGAGCUGCUUGUCAUUGCCACGUGGGUGAUGGUGCCACAGCAGUUGAGCCCCCGUGCUGACACCAGCCCCCUGGCAGUGUCCUACUGGCUGGAGGUGGUCGGGCAGCCGUGAGUGCUGCACCUGCGGCCCAGGAGGGACCUGGUCUCCUGCCCCUUUGCUCUGGUCACCUACGGCAAGGAUGGGGCCUGCUGGGAGCAGCACCCCUUUGUGCAGGACAACUGCCUCUACUAGGGAGGCCCUGGCUCCCUUGUGGCCCUCAGCACCUGUGGCAGCAGCCUCCACGGCUUGCUCUGGGUGGAGGAUGGCACCUACGAGAUCGAGCCCAUCCCUGACAAUCUGGCCUUUGGGCACAUCCUCUACCACAGGGAGGAGGCCAGCAACUCUGUGGGCCCCCCCUGCGGGUUGACCCCAAAGGAGCUGCAGCACCAAAAGGCUUUGCUGCCAUGGCUCAAGGCCCCCUGGGUGGUGGAGGAGAUGCUGAAGGAUUGGUGGACAUGUGUCAGGUAUGUGAAGAUGGUAGUGGUCGUGGACAAUGUGCAGUUUGUGAAGUCAGGCAGGAAUGAAUCUGUAGUCUUGAGGCAAGUCAUAGAAACACAGCUUUCUGUUCGGCUGUUUCUUGUGGGACUGGACAUCUGGACCAAAAGCAAACUUAUAAACAUUACUAACUCUGCCAACAAGGCACUUGAUGACUUUAACAAAUGGCGGAGGACAGACCUGUCUCCACGGAUGUGCCAUGAUACUGCUCAUUUAUUUGCAUUUCAGCGCUUUGGAAGGAGCCUGGGAUUGGCGAUUCUAGGGUCCAUGUGUAAUAACCAGUGGUCAUCAGCAGUUGUUUCCUUCACUGAUAGCAAGCUGUCCUCAUUCUUCAUUUUUGUUCAUGAGCUGGGCCAUACUCUUGGGAUGUGCUGUGAUGAACAGGGCAGUAAAUGUAGACGAAAGAAAUGCAUCAUGUACAAAAGUGUUAUUGACACUGAUGUGUUCAGUGACUGCAGUUAUAAAGACUAUUUUGACCUGCUUGGGUGAGGCGUUGGCUGCAUUUGUCAACUGUCAGCACCUGGCACUUUCUACACCAUGAAGCAUGAAUACUGUGGGAGUAAGAUAGUAGAAAGUGGAGGGCAAUUUGACUGUGGUUCAGAGUCGAACUGUAGAAAGGAUCCUUGUUGUCACCCGAACUGUACAUUCACUGCAGGUUUGGUCUGUGCUUCUGGAAAAUGCUGCAAAGGCUGCCAGGUCCUUCCAGCAGGAACACUCCACAGAGCAAGUACUGGUGAUGACUUGCCAGAGUAUUGCAACGGGACAUCCCUGUGGUGCCCACCAGACGUUUAUGUACAAGAUGGAACCCCUUGCAAAGAUAGUGCUUAUUGCUAUUGAGGAAAAUGUUCUUUCCAUGCUAAACAGUGCCAGCAUCUCAGCAAACAAGCCAGAGUUGCUCCUUUAGACUGCUUCAAGCAGGGUGACCGGUUUGGGAAUUGUGGUAUUUUUAACAAUAUCCAUUAUACAAAAUGCAGGAUUGAGGAUAUCUUGUGUGGUAGGAUCCAGUGUGAGAACAUACACAAAUUGCCUGCCUUGCAGAACCACGUAACACUAGUCCAAACCCUUGUUGGGGAUAAAAAGUGUUGGGCUCUUGACUAUCAUGUAGGGAUACCAAAUAGCGAUGUGGGAGCUGUGGCAGAUGGCACGCCAUGUAGUAGGAUUUGUAUCAACGGGACAUGUACCAGCAUCUCACUGCCGAACUAUGACCAUAAUGUGACAAAGUGUCAUGUCAGAGGAGUGUGUAACAAUCAUAAGAACUGUCACUGCAGGUAUGGCUGGGUUCCUCCAUAUUGUGAAUGGGAAGGAUUUGGAGGUAGCAUUGACAGUGGACCCCCUCCAGCCACGGAGAUUUUUUGGAGAGCAAAAGUAGGAGUAGCACCACUUAGGCUUCUCCUUCUCUGUAUCUUUGGAGUAACCCUUAUCAUAUUUUGUAAAUGUGAAACAGUGGGAUGGCUUAGGAGGAAAAGGCCCAGUUCCUCAGAAAAUGAUAGUGGUUGUUUCAAAUACUGGAAAUGCCAGCAAUUCCUAAAGGAGAACACCUGCUAGUGAGUCAAAAUCCACCACAAAGCACUUGCUGAAGACCAACA